AUGCAGCCCGCCCAACCUAAGCUGACCUUCUCUCUUUCCACCCUUUUGAUAUCUUCAUUUGAUGAAUCCGACAUGCUCAAUGGUGCUGUUAGGGACACGUAUUUGACACCAACUCAACCUCAUAGAGACUCCCCGGGCCCAACGCAGAGCACCCUACUUGUUCGAGGUACAGUGAAGGGAGGGGUGAUUCAUCAUCAGAACUGCAUCACCAAGCCUGACAAGACAGAAGGACUCGCCGGCAACGACUCGUAUUCGUUCAGUGACUUUGUCAGAUAUACCUCGGAGCAAAGUCAAAAAGAACAUCCGUGCACGACAUUUGCACCUGAUACUACCGCUUGGGAUACAGAGUUGGAGUUGAGUCUAACUCAAGGGGGUGAUGCUGAUAAGGUGCUUCCUCAAAACGCAGUACAGGAAGCGACCCACGGAUACCGAGCGAGCUACCGCGCAGAAGCCCCACCCGAUGAGAGCCGGUAUUCCAACUGCCCCUCAACAAGUUGCCUCUGUUUAUGCGUAGGAGGAACUUUGUGUCUGCAAGAGAUCAGCUGUGCUACAGUUCCAAGCCACUUCGUUGGCCAUGGAAUAGAGAAUAAGUCUCGCAAGGAGGCGAUCCGCUGCAUGUGGAAAGGGUGUGUCAAAACAGUUGCUCGACACACAUUUGUCCGCCACAUUCGUGAAGUGCACCUUGGGCAUGUCAGGGGGACGAGGCUCCACAGCUGGGAGAACGAUUCAGGGCAACAAGCCCAAUCCCCCUUCCUUGGGGGAUAG